CCCACAUCCUUCGCCACAUCGGUGGCCCCAGAGUCCCCUUCCACCUGGGUGGCAACCCACUGACCACAGGCCCCAGUGUCCUGAAGGCUCAGAGGACAGGACACAAGCCGACACUUGCGGGGCUCCUGGAGGCUGGCGAGUCCCCUCCUGCCUGGCAUUCUGUCAUCUCCAGGGAUCACUCGAGUGCUGGCCCCUCUGAACUCCAAGAUGGGAGGCAAGCUGAGCAAGAAGAAGAAGGGGUACAAUGUGAAUGAUGAGAAGGCCAAGGACAAAGACAAGAAGGCUGAAGGAGCAGGGACGGAAGAGGAGGGAACCCCGAAGGAGAACGAGACCCAGGCGGCUGCGGAGACCACAGAGGUGAAGGAGGGCAAGGAGGAGAAGCCAGAGAAGGAUGCCCAGGAUGCUGCCCACAAGCCCGAAGACAAGGAAGGCGAGAAAGACGCAGACGCUCCGAAGGCAGAGCCUGAGCAGACGGAGGGAGCCGCGGAGGGGAAGCCGGAGCCCCCGAAGGAUGCGGAGCAGGUGGCCACCUCGGGCCCUGCUGCAGGUGAUGCCCCCAAGGCUUCGGAGGCCGAGGCCCCUGCGGAACCCACGGCCGCCACCAAGGUGGAUGACAAGAGCAAGGAGGGAGGGGAACCCACAAAGACUGAGGCUCCCGCAGCUCCUGCCUCGCAGGAAACGAAAAGUGACGGGGUCCCAGCUUCAGACUCAAAACCCAGCAGCACUGAGGCUGCCCCAUCGUCCAAGGAGACCCCAGCAGCCACGGAAGCACCCAGUUCCACGCCCAAGGCCCAGGCCCCAGCAGCCCCAGCAGCCCCAGCAGCCCCAGCAGACGAGGUUAAGCCUGCCGAGGCCCCGGCAGCUAAUUCCGAUCAAACCGUAGCAGUGAAGGAAUAACAAGGACAGCCUAUGAAAAAAGAGAUUACAGCUUAAAAACAACCUGUUUCUCUCUCUCUGUCUCUGUCUCUCUGUCUCUCUCCUAUACUAACUUGUUUCAAAUUGAAGUAAUGAUAUGUAUUGCCCAAGAAAAAAAAAAAGAAGAAGAAAAAAAAAGGAAAAGAUGUCCCAUCAAGGGAGGGAGGGGGGUGGGGAGAAUCCAAAUAGUAUUUUUGUGGGGAAAUAUCUAAUAUACCUUCAGUCAACUUUACCAAUCGGUCCUGGCUUUUCAAGGUCAAUGUCUGAAAGUACAGUACACCUUUUGUACCUGAACUGCUAUUACCUGCAAUCCGCCACUAAGAUCUGAUAUCUUGUCUUCUGCAAGGGGAGUUGGGAGUGAUGCGUUUGAUUCUGCCCACAGGGCCCGUUCCAAGGCAAUCCGAUCUUUAUGAAAGCAGUAUUUUCUGUGUUUUCUUUUUAAUUUGCAGUCCUUCUUAUUUUGAUAUUUUUUAAUGUUUGUGGAUGAAUGCCAACUUUCAGACAGCCCACUUAGCCUGUCCACAUGUAUCUCCAUGCCAAUACUCCAUUCUUCCUCCCCAGGUAUUUUUGGGAGUAACAAUCAUUCUCUCAUCUGACUUAGCCUCCCUAGAUUUCUCAUGACGAGUUAAUGCAUGUCCGUGGUUGGGUGCACCUGUAGUUCUGUUUAUUGGUCAGUGGAAAUGAAAAAAUAAACAUGUCUGCGUUCAUUGCAGUUCCAGUUUCUCCUCCAUUCUGUGUCACAGACACCAACACACCACUCAUUGGAAAAUGGAAAAAAAUAAUAUUUAAAAAAAAAACAAAAAAAAUGUACAAUGGAUGCAUUGAAAUUAUAUGUAAUUGUAUAAAUGGUGCAACAGUAAUAAAGUUAAACAAUUAAAAA